AACACUGCUACUUCCGGUUUUCGCGGAAGACACUACAGCAUCUGAGCUACAGGGAAAUAGUAGGGUUGUGCGUUUAGAUAGACGUGUUCUUGUUUAUCCAUGAGUUGUGUAAAAGAGUUUAAAUCUGAUUUACUGGCCGUUUGUGUUUAUGCUUAGUUUACUUUAAAGCUUUACGCUGGAUUUCAGCAGUGUGUAUGUGAGAGUAUGAGCGGGUUGGAGGUGUUUCAUGAGAAGCAAAGGUUGGAGCUGUGUGCUAUUCACGCCCUAAACAACGUGCUGCAGGAGAGAGUGUUCACCAAGGAGGCGGCCGACGACAUCUGCAAGCGCCUUGCCCCACAGUGUAUGGUGAACCCACACCGCUCUGUGCUGGGUACGGGGAACUAUGAUGUGAACGUGAUUAUGGCGGCCCUCCAGAGUCGUGGAUUGGCUGCAGUUUGGUGGGACAAACGUAGGUCAGUGCAGAGUUUGUGUCUGGAGAAGGUGCAAGGUUUUAUUUUGAACGUCCCAUCGCGAGUGUCGCUGGGAAUUGUGUCUCUUCCACUGAAACGCAGGCACUGGCUAGCAGUUCGGCAGGUCAAUGGGCAGUACUACAACCUGGACUCUAAGCUUAAAGGUCCCGUGUGGAUCGGCGGAGAAACAGAACUCAGGCCAUUUCUCAGUGAGCAGUUGUCUCAGGAUGUUGCUGAGAUGCUUCUUGUAGUCCAAAGAGAAGUGGAGGAGGAUGGAUCAUGGCUUAUUUCAGAUGGCUGUGAGAACUGAAAUCUCAGGACAGGAAGUUCACUCAGACUGUUCAUGCACAAUACAAAAAGUUUUUGUAAAAUAGGACAGUCCUUUGCAGAGCAACACUACCAAAGAGGAAGGGAGCACUCCCACGUACGCUCACACGUACACACAGAGAAGCCUAAUUUAAUGGUUAACGUAAGGGACAUCUCUGCCGUAAAGGAUGUUUUUAAAAACAAAGUAUUCAGGCAGGAUACUGUACGCUGUAUGUGGCACAGACUGCUACAGCUACAUCACCUGCCUCUCUUCUUUCUCUUCCUUUUUUCAUUUCUCUCAGGAUAAGUGCUUAAGUUUUAAAAAUAACAUUUGAGCAGUCUUAUUUGUUCUGCAUCUAUGCACUGCACUGCUGAGGUUGAUGAAGGUGUGUAUCUAACUAUGCACAGAAAUGCUAAACACAGUCUUUGUAAGUAUAAUUAAAGUUACAAGUCAUUUCUGUUCAUCCAGCUCUGCCUAUUUUUGGGAACUUUUUCUCCUGACUCUUCUUUUUAUUUGCUUAUGGAUCUUUUCUCAGUUUGUUCACAUCUCAGAGGAUACAAGUGGAAUGAAAUAUUCACUAAUAAAGUGACUGUUAUUUAAAAAAAAAUAAAGUGCUGUUUCCUCAGUC